AUGGAACAACUAUCAAAAAACACUCAUCACCUAAAAAAGCUGAAAAAACGGCGCUCCAGUUUGUUUGCCAGCGUGAAGCUGAACACCAGCUUAUCCAAGAGCAUUGAAGAACCAGACGCUACCUUCCCCUUUGCACAGGAGAGCUCUGUGAAAGCAUGGACGUCCAUGGACAACCUGGACAACCCUGCAACUCAGACAGUGGUCCUGAAGGAGAACGGGCCCGAGAAGAAAAGGGAAGAGAAAGAAAAACGUGUCGCCAGACAAUCCAACAUAGUCACCAUCAAUGUAGGUGGGAGAGUCUUUCACAUACCUAUCCAUCUGGUUCUUCGCUACCCCAAAACCAGGAUUGGCUCUCUGGCCCUCUGUACCGAUCCUGUGAAGAGGAUGACACUCUGCGACGACUACUCCGUCCGCAAAAAUGAGUUCUUCUUUGACCGGGACCCCACUUUCUUCCACUACAUCUUCCACUUUUACUGCAGCAACGUCAUGUGGGUGAUGGAGAGUCUGUGUCCGCUCAAUUUCGAGGAGGAGAUGAACUUCUGGGGUCUCCGCAUGAGGGACACUCCGAGGUGUUGCCGCAUGCUGUUUGAGGAGAAGGUGGAUGAGAUCAAAGAUGGCCUGAAGGUCAACCAGGAGCUGAUCGACGAAAUCAAGCCGGCCCACAGGGAUGAGAAGGCCAUGUUCAAGACCAUGUUCCUGGGAGGGUUCCGCAAGGCCCUCUGGGACCUGAUGGAGAACCCCUACUCCUCUUUAGCGGCCAAGGGCUUCGCCGUGUUCUCUAGCCUCUUCGUCCUCAUCUCCAUCGUGGCCAUGACCCUCAACACGGUGAAGGAGCUGAGGAAGUACACUAUCUACGGCAAGACCUACAUGGAGUGUGUGGAGAUCGUCUCCAUCGUCUUCUUCACCUUUGAGUACUUCCUGCGGCUACUCACCACCUGCGACAUCAAACACUUUGUGAAAAGCGGUCUCAACUUUGUGGACCUGUUGGCCGUCAUGCCCUACUUCAUCCAGAUCAUCUUUGAGAUUUUCACAGAUGUUGAUGAUGCUGGUGCCCAGGAGGACCUGAAGACCAUGGCCAGGGUCAGCAAAGUCAGCAAGGUGCUCAAGGUGGUCAAACUCAUGCGCAUCUUUCGCAUCCUCAAGCUGGCAAAGCAUUCCACUGGAAUGCGGGCGUUUGGCUUCACCAUCCGGCAGUGCAGAGAGCAGGUGUGCUGCUUAUUCCUGUUCAUUAUCAUGGGCAUCUUCACCUUCUCGGCCCUCAUGCACUCUGUGGAGCUGGACCAGCCAGGCACCCCUUUCAGCAGCAUCCCUGAUGCCUGGUGGUGGGCCGCAGUGAGCAUCUCCACUGUGGGCUAUGGUGACGUGGUGCCCAUCUCCUAUCUGGGUCGCUGCGUGGCAUUUGGCUGCAUCUCCUUUGGCAUUAUCCUCAACGGCAUGCCCAUCUCAAUCCUCUUCAACAAGUUCUCAGACUACUACGCCAAGCUCAAGGCCCAGGAAUACACCCAGACUAUAGGCCCGGGUGUACGCACCUUCCAGCUCAAGAAACGUCUGCGGCGCAAGUUCGAUGGCUGCUUCGAACCACAGCCUUCGGACGACUCUGAUGACGAUUAUGACACCACAUACCAUCCAAACAGGAGUCCGAGCCAUGCGGGUGCCGAGUGA